UAAGUUUGAUCAAUUGUAACACACUUGCUGACAAACCUUAUAAUACAACCAAGAAAGUGAAAGCAACAACCCUAUCUCAUGGAACAAACUCUGAUAUACACCAAUAAAACAAAACCUAUGUCCAGAUGUUUGGGUGAAAAUCAAGAAAUCUUGAUCAAAGAUUCUUCUAAUGCAGAAAAAGGCUCGAGCUUUUAUUCACAAGAACAAAACCCGAGUUAUGAUUUCAUCGGGAGAGGGUCUGUGCCAACUUUAAUAAUCGGAAACGAUGAAGAAUAUGAUAUUGAAGAUGAAGAGAGCGAGUUCAAGAUGGGGAGGUUGAUUAGGCAAGCAUCUCUCAAUUCUUCUCAUAUGUCUACUCCUCAACAAAGCAUUAAGGUUAUGACAGGAAGCUCGAGUUUACAUCGAUACUUGUCACAAAAAAUCGAAACAAAUCAAGAAAAGAUUACUGACAUGAGGAAAGUUGAAAGCAUGAAAGAGAGAAAUAGAAGUAAACAUCCCAUGAAGAUAGGGAAGAACAAUGGUGGUGCACCAACAAUCCCAAGAGGAUGGGUUGAUAAGGGUUCAUCAGAAGACAUGAAGGCACAAAUCAAGUUUUGGGCUAGAGCAGUGGCUUUCAAUCUGCAUCAAGAGUGUUAAAAACCAAAAUCACAGAUUAAAUUCUGGACCAACAUGUUGAUAAUUACAUGUAUGAUCAUAGGUUAACUCAUAAAUAUGACGCUAACCGAAAUCUUUUUGCUGUGAUUUUUGAAGGUUUUUUAACUUUAUGAAUGAUGUAACUAUUAUGUUUUCAGAUGUUUUAUAAAUUUUUGUAAUUAUAUUUAUUUGGUUUGUUUUUAACUAUUGUUUU